AAUGUUAUUCAUAUAACAGGUGUUUAAUUUAUUAUAUAGUGAAAAUAUUUAUUUAUGUAUGUACUUUACAAAGAUGGAACGACGCUCAUGUGCGCAUGAGUGAUGUUUCCUAGUAGCCUUAGGAUAUCGAUUAGAUAUAAAGAUAAAAUGAGAUAACUUUUUAAUAAGUGGGGGUAAGAUAGAAAGUAUAAAAAGGCAUACAAUCACACAUCAAGAACAGUAUAUGGCUAAUACCCUCGUAUGUACAAUUCUACGUGUGUACGAAAGAAAAAAGAAAAGAAAAAAGAGACAGAGAGAGAGAGAGAGAAGAGAUAGAGAAGGAGAAAAAGAGACGGAUAGAGAAAGCGUAAAAUAUUGAUACAAAUACAUCAUGCUGAUCAGUUUUACAUUGAUUGUCAUAAUAAUAUUACUAUUCUGGAUAUACACCAGAUAUAAAUUAAGCUAUUGGAAACAACGCGGCGUUGAAUCUCUCACGACCCAUCCAAUCUUCGGCAAUUUCAAAAAUGCCGUGCUCUUUCGUACUGCACCAGGAUGGCACAUCGGUCAGCUGUAUAAAGCAGCCCGUACAAACGCGCCCUUCAUCGGCUUCUACAUUUUCCACAAACCGUGCCUGUUAUUGCGCGAUCCGGACAUUAUAAAGCAAUUUAUGAUCCGCGAUUUUCAUAAUUUCUGCGAUCGCCAUUUUGCCGGUUCCAAACAAAGGGACAGUAUCGGCAUGAAGAAUCUGUUUGGUCUGAAGAAUCCGAUCUGGAAAUACGUGCGAACCAAGAUCACGCCCACGUUAACCACAACCAAGCUAAAACAGAUGUUCCCGCUGAUGAUGGAGAUCGGAGAUUCAAUGAUGGAUUAUCUCAAACAUUAUCCAGCAGAUCACGACAGCGUGAAACUGGUGGAUGCCCAAGAGCUCAGUUACAAGUAUGCGACCGAUUUGAUCGCCUCGAUUGCACUCGGUACCAAGAUGGACACCUUCCACUAUCCGAAUGUGGAAUUCUCAACUGAAGUUUACGAAUUCUUCCACGGAUUCAGGAGAAUGGUCGCUCUUGUUACGGUGUUCUUCAUGCCUGAACUGAUAGAAUUAAUUGGUACGAGAAUUCUUGCAAACUCCUCAUUUGUAACAAAAGUCUUCUGGAACGCUAUGGAAAAUCGUGAAAAAACCGGGGAGAAACGAGGCGAUUUUAUCGACUCGCUUCUCCAGUUAAAACAUGACAAGCAGAAUCCUGAUUAUAAAUUCGAGGGUGAAAAUUUACUGUACCAGUCCGGUACUUUCUUCUCUGGCUUUGAGUCGAGUUCUACCUGCAUGUCCUUCACUCUAUUGGAACUGGCGAAACAUUCCAAGUAUCAGGAGCUGGCCAGGCAGGAUAUUAACCGGGCAAUUGACAAGCACGGCUGGACAUACGAAGCGUUCCAGGAUAUGAAGUAUCUCGAUCAGACAAUAGCCGAGAGUCUAAGACUACAUCCGCCCGUGUCCACAAUCGACAGAUACACUCGUAAAGAUUACAAGAUUCCUAACACCGAUAUCGUUAUCGAGAAAGGUACGCCGAUAUACAUCUCUUUAUACGGACUUGGGGCAGAUCCCAGGUUCUGGGAUGAACCCGAAGUAUACAAUCCCGAUAGAUUCAUCGAAAAUAAUCAUAUCACUGACGCCUACAUGCCGUUCGGAAUUGGUCCCAGGAUGUGCAUAGGAAUGAAAGUAGGCCAGUUGCACGCUAAAGUUGUUUUGGCGUUGCUUCUGCGCGAUUACGAGAUGUGGCAAACCAAAGAAAACGAGAGUUUUCUGGAUCCACGAUCAACUUUCACGGCUGCUGGAAACGGAAUCAAUUUACAUUUUAGAAAGAUCAUAACGCGUGCAUAAAGUUAAAUAAUCUCUCCAAAAAAGAGAGAUUUAUAUAUGUAAGAUAAUUUUAAAUAUAAUUAUAUAUAUAUAUUGCAUGAUUAUCUAAUAUAUUUUAUUUAUAAUAAUAUUUUAUUUUAAAAAUAUUAAUUUUAAAAAAUUAAGUUAAAUACGGUAAAUAAAUACAAUUAUUAAAUCAAUCAUAUAAUUUUGUGAUUACAAAAAUGAGUUUUGGUACCACACUAAAAGGCUGCGGGAAAACGCUAUUAUUGAAACAUUGCAUAAAUAACUAAUCAGGAUAAAGAAAUCUUUAAUUCUUUUUAUCCUGAUUGGUCUCAAACACUUCGAAGCAUCUCUAUAUUAGCGUCUUCCCGACCGCAUAAAAAUGAAGGUAGGAAGCAGCGUGAACCCAUCGCCCAUGGCGCCGCGCCGGCCGAGACAACGGACGAGAUCCCGGGAUUAUCGGGUCUGGGUCCAAGUCGCGGCUCAUCGGCUCGGCAGUGAGCAGGGAUAACGCACACAAGCGUGAACCGCGUACAUGUGAUGCGCAGAGCGCUACGCGCAUUACUUGUGUAAAGUGUGCGUUCCACAGUUAUCCGAUAGUUCAGACACACUUUUUAAUGUAAGUACAACAAUUAUUUCUUUAUUUUUUUCAAAUCUACUUAUAUUUAUAUACACACACAAUAAGUAUAGCAAUUAAUGAUACAGUCAAAUUUUUAAUCCUAAUUUGAUAAAUUCUUUGAUAUGUAUGGCAAAAUCAUUUGUAAAAAUGAGUAACGUUAUUAGCUUUUAUUAAGUUAAAUUACAUUUUAUUUAAUAUAAAUAUAGCAUAUUCGAGUUUGACAUAGUAUUUUUUGUACGAUAUAUUGAUUGUAAAUUUUUAAUAUUUAUUCCAUGAUAUUGAUUGUUUAGAGUCACAUAUUUAGAAGAAAUGUCGAAAGACAUAUGUUUUUUGACAAAGCGGAGAAAAAAUCAACUAAUGCGUUCAAGAAUAAAUUAUUACAAGAAUUCUAUAAAAUGUGUGUGUGAUAGCGUAAAUCAAUCUACAUUAAUUUCAUGUCCAAAGGAGAAAUCAAAUAAUGAAAAAUCAACUCAUGUAUUUUCGGAAUAUGUUUUCCUCGAAUCUCCACCGAAUACAGAAGAGAAUUAUUGUUAUCGAGAAAAUCCAUUGCUUAAUGCUGAACAGCAUACUAUUUCUUCAAAUUCAAGUUUUUCAGAAAAUGAAAAUGACUUUAAUUAUGAUGAUAAAAAUAGUACUUCACAAAAUUUAAGUAGUAAAUUACGAUCGUGGAUUAUUGAAGAACAAAUACCUCAUAAAUCUGGUAAUGCCUUAUUAAAAAUACUUCGUGAUUAUGGUCAUAAUUCGCUACCUAAGGACAUUCGAACGUUAAUGCAGACACAGAGGAAAGCUUCGCAACAGAUUGAAAAAAUGGAUAAUAGUUCUUAUGUACAUUUCAGACUUUUUAACGGCUUGCAACGUUCAAUGGAAAGAUAUUUUAAAGAAUGUCCAGAUUAUAUUAAAUUAUUAAUUAAUUGUGAUGGAAUGUCGUUAUCAAAAAGUUCUGGUAGCCAGUUCUGGCCUAUUUUAGUAUCAAUAUAUGUAUACGGAUAUUCGUACAGAACCUUUUCCCGUUGGUGUAUAUCAUGGCUUGUCGAAGCCAAAAAAUGCAAAUACUUAUUUAAGUUAUUUCAUAAAUGAGAUGAUAGAGAUUCAUAGAAAUGGCGUUUUGUAUAAUGGUAAGAUAUGUAAAGUAUCGAUUGCAGGCAUUGUUUGUGAUGCUCCUGCAAGAGCUUUUAUAACAUAUACAAAAAGCCAUUUUAGUUAUUUUAGUUGUCAUAAAUGCACUCAAGAAGAAGAAUACGUCAAUUCUGUCAUUUUUCCGGAAUUAAAAUUUACAUUGAGGACUAAUGAAUCAUUUCGUACCAAAGAACAAGAAGAACAUCAUACAGGUGUAUCUUUUUUAGAAAAAUUAGGAAUUGAUAUGGUCAAUCAAAUUGCAUUAGAUUAUAUGCACCUUGUUUGUUUAGGAAUAAUGAAACGACUUCUCUUAUUCUGGAUAAAAGGUUCAAAGAAUAUUCGUUUAAAUACGGAACACCAAAAAUAUAUAUGUAAUACAUUAUCAGUAGUAAGAUCUUCAAUUCCAUCAGAAUUUGCACGAUUACCACGAAGUUUAAGUGAACUAGACAGAUGGAAAGCAACUGAAUUUCGUUUAUUUUUAUUAUAUAUAGGACCUGUUAUUUUAAAAUCAACAAUGUCUAACGAAUAUUAUACUCAUUUUCUUACGCUUAGUAUUGCUAUAAGGAUUUUGUGUGAUUCUCAGUUAUGUAUAAAAAUGAAUAAUUAUGCGCAU